AUGUCCCCUCAAAAGGAAGGGCCCCUGUCAGUCACAGCAACAGUGGGUCUUUGUGCUCAACACCUCCUCUCGUCUUCCCCUUUCCCCCCUCCUCCCAGCCUUCUAGCAGCAGUGAAUAAUCGUCGCGCACGACUUCUCCCCCUCUACCUCGCCAAUGCGCAUCUCACCACUGUGGGCCUCAUUCUCUCCUCUGGCCUGCUGAAAGAGGGGGCGAGGGGGGGCCUGGGGGAGUGGGGGGAUGAGGAGGCGGAGAAUGUGGAAGGCAACAGCAGCGAGCAGAGAGGGGAAGGUGUGGGGCGAGGAGUCGGGGGAGGAGAUAAGGGAGGAGUGGAAAAGGGGGAAUGGAGGGACCAGGCAGAGGAUAUGGCAGUGUUGGCUUUCGAAGCAUUGAAGGAGAGUGCAGCGAUCCAGAAAAGGGAGCUGGGGAAGGAUCACCCUGCUGUGGCCAAGACUCAUGCGCUCGCUGCUGAUGUGUACUGGCAGAUAGGGCAGACGGAGGAGGCUGAGGUAGGGUGA